AUGCAGUGUUUGACUUUCUUUCUUCUUCUUCCAGUAACCUUGAAGGAGUCCAAAAAGAAUGUGAUAGCUAAUGGCAAGGUGCCAGUAUGCUAUGAGGUAGGGCCCUUGUCCCUGCAGAAGAUGGCUGCAGAACUUUAUUCUACCAGUGCUAAUACCAACAUCACAAACAGUAAUUCCACUACCACUUCCACCACAGUCACUGUAGCCAGUACCAAGAAUAGCUCCCUUCACCUCCAUCAGACAGCCCAAUCACCACCACCAGCACAAGUGCAAAAUCUUAACAACAACUUCGAAAGUACCAACUGGCAGUCAUUCUACCCCACUCUCCGAGAGAGGAAUGCAAUGAUGUUCAACAAUGAACUCAUGGCUGAUGUACACUUUAUCAUUGGCCCCCUGGAGGCAUCAAAGAGAGUUCCUGCUCAUAAGUAUGUGCUGGCAGUUGGCAGCUCUGUCUUCUAUGCCAUGUUUUAUGGUGAUCUUGCAGAAGUCAAAUCUGAAAUCCAUAUACCUGAUGUGGAGCCUGCAGCUUUUCUCAUCCUUUUAAAGUACAUGUAUAGUGAUGAAAUUGACCUGGAAGCUGACACUGUGCUUGCAACUCUCUACGCUGCCAAGAAGUAUAUUGUUCCAGCUUUAGCAAAAGCUUGUGUCCAUUUUCUAGAGACUAGUUUAGAGGCAAAAAAUGCUUGUGUUUUGCUCUCCCAGAGCAGACUCUUUGAGGAACCAGAACUGACCCAGCGUUGCUGGGAAGUGAUUGAUGCUCAAGCAGAGAUGGCAUUAAAGUCAGAGGGCUUUUGUGAAAUAGAUCAACAAACAUUAGAGAUCAUCCUGAACAGGGAAUCACUAAACACCAAGGAGGUAGUUAUCUUUGAAGCUGUUCUGAACUGGGCAGAAGCUGAAUGCAAAAGACAAGGUUUGCCAAUUACACCAAGAAAUAAGAGGAAAGUAUUGGGAAGAGUUUUAUUUUUAGUACGAAUUCCAACUAUGACACUGGAGGAGUUUGCCAAUGGUGCUGCUCAAUCAGAUAUUCUAACCCUCGAAGAAACACGCAGCAUAUUCCUAUGGUACACAGCUACCAAGAAACCACAGUUGGAGUUUCCCUUGACAAAAAGGAAAGGCCUUGCUCCUCAGAGAUGCCACCGAUUUCAAUCAUCUGCAUAUCGAAGCAAUCAGUGGAGGUACCGUGGACGAUGUGACAGCAUCCAGUUUGCAGUAGAUAAGAGGAUAUUUAUUGCGGGACUCGGGUUAUACGGAUCAAGCUGUGGGAAAGCUGAGUACAGUGUAAAAAUUGAACUUAAACGGCUAAAUGUUGUUCUUGCUCAUAAUCUGACCAAGUUCCUCUCAGAUGGAUCCAGUAAUACAUUUUCAGUCUGGUUUGAACAUCCAGUUCAAAUUGAACAAGACACAUUUUACAAUGUUAGUGCCAUCUUGGAUGGAAAUGAACUUAGUUACUUUGGACAGGAGGGAAUGACUGAAGUUCAGUGUGAAAAAGUGACAUUUCAAUUCCAGUGCUCCUCAGACAGUACCAAUGGCACUGGGGUCCAAGGAGGACAGAUUCCAGAGCUUAUUUUCUAUUCCUGAGACAGUUUAUGAGGACUGUAUUCCAGUACUGCUAUGCACAUGAAAGGGAUUUGUUCAAAACUAGAAAAUUCUACAGCUGUUUCAUGUUCAGCUAUUACAUUACUCUUAAAAUAGCAGCCUCGCAGACUAAGUGAAAGAAUGCUCUUGGGUUUAAUCCUAUUUUAUUUAUUCUAUAUGUAGACAACUAACUUACAGAUUAUGGCUGACCCUGAAAAAAUGUUCUAAAAUAGAGCUGUUUAUGAACCUGUGAAAUAUAAAACAUUUUUCUUUACUCUAAAAAUCUGUACAUUCAUCAUUUUUAAAAAUGUCUUUGUGGUUCAUGUCUUACGAAUUCCAAAGCAUACAAAUCAACCAACAAAUUCAAAUAAAUCACCUGACGAAAUGGCCCCAGGGUCCCUUUCCAGCUCUCUAAAAAAAAAAAAAAAUACAAAAUCCUGCCCAACCAUCACACUUUCAUUUCUAAUAUGAAAGAUGCUGCUUUGAUUUUCCAAAGUUGUCUGGGUUGCUUUGAUUUGAAGGAACAUAGAAGAAGAUGACAGACUUUUAUUACACUGACAAUCUCAGGUUCAUCUGCUGAUAUCCCUAAGCUUUCUUCUAAAGAAGAAUUAAUCUUCUUUAGAAGAAUCAAUACAUCAAAACUCAGCGGUACCCAUUUGAACAGUAACAUAGGACAUACUAUUGUGAGUCAACCCCAGUAAACUAUCCAGCCAGUACCUGACUAAUACUAAGAAAUAGUUGUGGAAAAGUAUGCUUGUUCUAUGUCAACCUCAAAAGGCAAAAGAUGUCCCCCAAAGCCUUGUUUCCCUUACAGAGCUAAUAGGGACCUAUGGCCACUGAUCUAAAAAUACCUUGUUUAGAAAAACAAUUUAGAACAUGAGCAUGAACUAAAUUCUCAGCAAGAGCUAGUUUUUUAUACAGUGUAGUGCUCUAGAGCUGUAGAGAAAGUAAUAUUUUAAAUAAUGUAAUUUAAUAAAAUCUUAUUUGUUUUGAAAAUCUAUUGCUUAAAAUUAUAAGGAAUGAACGUGGCCCAAAGAAGAGACAAUCUCCUUUGUAAAGAUGGGGCCCAAAGUGUGGAACAUUCCAUAUACUGUCAGAUUUUUUUCAGUACAUUGUUCAGUUUUGCUGACUUUUUUCUCUCCUUCCUCUUUUUCUUUUCUCUUUACAAAAAAUUCUUCAUUUAAAUGGAAUGGUUUUCUGGAGGGGAAAGAUACAGAUUACGUAAAAACAAAAGAUUUCAAUUAAAAUGUAUUUUUAAAAGAAAUUUAUUUUAUAUAAUAAAAUUCAGUGGCUUAGAAUACCAAACCUGAUGGUAGAGAAAGAAACAGGGGGUCCUAUAAUUUCAUUAUUAUAGGAAAGUCCCAAGUCAGGAUUAAACUUCCAUUUACUAAUACAGGUUAGCACCUUCUUUGCAACUUACAAUUUUAAUGACCUACUUAAAGCAGAAGUAUCAAACACACAUGGACUCCAUGGAGUCUGGACUUAACCAAAUUAAAAUGCAAUUGGGAGAUAUUUAACAAAAUAAAAUUUAAAAUACAAUAAAACAUAGUUAAUGUAAAUAUAUACGUAAAGUUUAGUAGCCUCUAUUUCUAUUUGAGUUUGACAUCGCUGGCCUAGUGUACUGGGAGGUUUACAUGACUUGCCCAGGAUCACAAAGCUGGUAUGUGUCUGAGGCAGAACUUCAACAAAGUUCUCCCUGGCUUCUAAGCCAGUUCUCUAUCCACUUCAGCACAUUGCCUCAAUGAUGGUACAUCACCAAAUUUCAAAUACAAAUGAAAAACCAUCAGCACAACUGAAAACACCAGCCUCAUGAACCAACAGAAUGGAGAAAAAUCCCAGGUGUCAUUUUUUAAAGAUAUUAAGUCAACAUCAAUUUAUUAAGGGCCUACUAUGUGCUAAGCGAUGGGAAUACAAACAAAUGAAGUGGCUACAAAAUGAACAGAAAUUUAUAACCAGUUAAAAGAACAAGUAUAGAGUAUGUCGAAUCUUCUCUGCCCACUUUAAAAAGGUGGGUCCUCAAAAAAAAAAUUGCUUCUAGUACCCUUCCUCCUUUCACCACUAAUCUUGCUACUUCUGUCACUUUAGAAAAUUUGAAAUUAAAUAAUUAUAAUAAUGAUGGUGUAGAGAGUUGGCAAU